CGCAGCGGCAGGAAGAGCAGCCACCCCACCAGCAAUAGCAGUCCGGGACGUCCAAGCCAGCCGUUUUAGCAGGAGCGCGAGCGACGAGAAAAAGCUGCGCGCGCCGGGCUCCGCGGUAGCAGCGGCGGCGGCGUCUCGCGCCACUGGGCGCAGUGAUUGACGGCGCGAGCGAGUCCAGGAAUUCUGUCUCGUGCCUGCAGCAGGAGUCACACACAGCCUCUCGCUCUCACUCUUCUCCUCCCCGCCUGCGAUGCUCCAGUCAUGAAACGUGUACGCUCAGAACAGAUUCAGUUGGCAGUUUCCUGCUACCUCAAACGCCGGCAGUAUAUAGACUCAGAAGGCCCUCCGAAACAAGGACUGCGCCUCUGUCAGACUGCAGAAGAAAUGGCAGCUAAUCUAACAGUUCAAUCGGAAUCGGGUUGUGCCAACAUUGUCUCUGCGGCACCCUGCCUAGCAGAGCCACAACAAUAUGAAGUACAGUUUGGGCGAUUGCGCAGUUUUCUUACAGAGUCGGAUUCUCAGCAUAGCCAUGAAGUGAUGCCUCUCCUGUACCCCCUUUUUGUCUACCUCCAUCUCAACAUGGUCCAAAAUGGCCUAAAGAGCACAGUGGACAGUUUCUAUAGUCGCUUCCAUGGAAUGUUCUUGCAGAAUGCCAGCCAGAAGGAUAUCAUUGAGCAGUUGCAGACCACCUUAACUAUUCAAGACGUCCUCUCCAACUUCAAACUCCGGGCAUUUCUGGACAACAAGUAUGUCAUCCACCUUCAAGAAGACAGCUACAACUUCCUCCUUCGCUACCUCCAAAGUGACAACAACAGUGCUCUCUGCAAAGUUCUCUCCUUGCACAUUCACUUAGAUGUGCAGCCAGCCAAGAGGAUGGACUACCAGCUGUACGCUAGCGGUGGUUCAUCACGCAGUGAAAGCAAUGGCCUGGAGCCUGCUGACAUGCCUGCUUCCAUCCUGCAGAACGAGGCAGCCUUGGACAUACUGCAGGACAGCAUUAAAAGGGUCAAAGAUGGGCCUCCUUCGCUCACCACCAUAUGCUUCUAUGCCUUCUAUAACACUGAGCAGUUGCUAAACACAGCAGAGAUCUCACCAGAUAGCAAGCUGCUUGCUGCUGGCUUUGAUAAUUCGUGUGUGAAGCUAUGGAGCUUGCGGCCCAAGAAGCUGAAAUCUGAGCCUCAUCUGGUAGAUGUGUCCCGAAUCCGCCUGGCUUGUGACAUCAUGGAUGAGGAGGAUGAAGAUGAUGAUAAUGUGGGUACAGAAAUGAAGGUACUCAGAGGGCACUGUGGACCGGUAUAUAGCACAAAGUUCUUGUCAGACAGUUCAGGACUUUUGUCGUGUUCUGAAGACACAUCCAUCAGAUACUGGGACCUUGGAUGCUUUACAAACACUGUGUUGUAUCAAGGGCAUGCUUACCCCAUCUGGGAUCUGGACAUCAGUCCCUGCAGCUUAUAUUUUGCAAGCGGUUCCCAUGACCGCACAGCCAGACUCUGGUCAUUUGAUCGGACGUACCCGCUGCGGAUAUAUGCAGGCCAUUUGGCAGACGUGGACUGCAUUAAGUUUCACCCCAAUUCUAACUACUUGGCAACAGGAUCCACGGACAAAACAGUACGUCUAUGGAGUACCCAACAAGGAAACACUGUGCGCCUGUUCACAGGUCACCGUGGCCCUGUGCUGUCACUUGCAUUUUCUCCAAAUGGUAAGUAUUUGGCUUCAGCAGGUGAAGACCAGCGGUUAAAGCUGUGGGACUUGGCCUCUGGCAUUCUUUACAAAGAACUGAGAGGGCACACAGAUAGUAUCACCAGCCUUACUUUUAGUCCGGACAGUAGCUUGAUUGCUUCUGCAUCAAUGGACAACUCUGUUCGGGUUUGGGACAUUCGGAACACUUAUUGCAAUGCCCCCAUCGAUGGCUCCUCCAGUGAGCUAGUUGGUGUAUAUACUGGACAGAUGAAUAAUGUACUGAGUGUACAGUUCAUGGCCUGUAACCUCCUUUUAGUGACUGGAAUUGCACAAGAAAAUCAAGAACAUUAACUUUUUUUUUGUAAUGGGGGGUUAUUAAAAGCCAGAGUCUAUUAUAAACUGAGAUUAUAUAUAAUUGACUGUGAAAAAUUUCUUUCUCCCAUUGAUGGGUAUGUCCAGAAUGAUGGAAAUACUGUACUUGAAGAUAUUUUGCAUUGUUACAGAAAGUCAGAGAAGGGAGGCCAAUAUAACUUUAUUGUCAUUGUGUGAUAGUAGUACAAGGGCAGGACGCAAUGGGGGGAAGCCAACAACCCAGAAUAUUACACUCUAAGGGAUAGCCCCAAACCUGGUCUAAACUACCAGAUCAUCAGCUUGGCAUUUGCACUUUGCAUAUGCACUUAAAUAUAUUCCAUUAUGGGCACAUCCUUCUUUCUGCUAGCAGAGGCUGGUGAGAGUAUGUCUGUAUCAACUGUUCAACUCAGUUGACUAUUUCCCCACUGACUUUUCUGUGGGACCAGAAUCCGUGUCAUCUUAUUGGUUAGAAAACCUGUUUCAUUCUAAGGGUGU